AUGCCAGUAGUUGAUCUUGAAAUAGUACUAGAUGGUGGUUCUGAUGUAACACCUGCUGAUGUUUUUGUUGAUAAUGAAGAAACAGAUGAUGGCUCUGAUGUAACACCUGUUGAUGUUUCUAGUGUGAAAGCUGUAGUUGAUCCUGAAGCAGAAGUUGAUGGUUUUUCUGAUGUAACACCUGUUGAGGUUUCCAUUGUGAUAGCUUUAGUUGAUUCUGAAGUAGAAGUUGAUGACGAACUUGGUGAUGUUGAAGAUGUGACAGCGGGGGAUUCUGAUGUUUCACUAAGACCUGUUGAGGUUCCCAGUGUUGUUUCUGCUUCUGUUCCAGUAGACGAACUUGGUGAUGUUGCAGAUGUGACAGUGGGAGAUUCUGAUGUUUCACUAAGACUAGUUGAGGUUCCCAGUGUUGUUUCUGCUUCUGUUCCAGUAGACGAACUUGGUGAUGUUGAAGAUGUGACAGUGGGAGAUUCUGAUGUUUCACUAAGACCAGUUGAGGUUCCCAGUGUUGUUUCUGCUUCUGUUCCAGUAGACGAACUUGGUGAUGUUGAAGAUGUGACAACGGGGGAUUCUGAUGUUUCACUAAGACCUGUUGAGGUUCCCAGUGUUGUUUCUGCUUCUGUUCCAGUAGACGAACUUGGUGAUGUUGCAGAUGUGACAGUGGGAGAUUCUGAUGUUUCACUAAGACUAGUUGAGGUUCCCAGUGUUGUUUCUGCUUCUGUUCCAGUAGACGAACUUGGUGAUGUUGAAGAUGUGACAGUGGGAGAUUCUGAUGUUUCACUAAGACUAGUUGAGGUUCCCAGUGUUGUUUCUGCUUCUGUUCCAGUAGACGAACUUGGUGAUGUUGCAGAUGUGACAGUGGGGGAUUCUGAUGUUUCACUAAGACCUGUUGAGGUUCCCAGUGUUGUUUCUGCUUCUGUUCCGGUAGACGAACUUGGUGAUGUUGAAGAUGUGACAGUGGGAAAUUCUGAUGUUUCACUAAGACUAGUUGAGGUUCCCAGUGUUGUUUCUGCUUCUGUUCCAGUAGACGAACUUGGUGAUGUUGAAGAUGUGACAGUGGGAAAUUCUGAUGUUUCACUAAGACCAGUUGAGGUUCCCAGUGUUGUUUCUGCUUCUGUUCCAGUAGACGAACUUGGUGAUGUUGCAGAUGUGACAGUGGGGGAUUCUGAUGUUUCACUAAGACCUGUUGAGGUUCCCAGUGUUGUUUCUGCUUCUGUUCCAGUAGACGAACUUGGUGAUGUUGAAGAUGUGACAGCGGGAGAUUCUGAUGUUUCACUAAGACCAGUUGAGGUUCCCAGUGUUGUUUCUGCUUCUGUUCCAGUAGACGAACUUGGUGAUGUUGAAGAUGUGACAACGGGGGAUUCUGAUGUUUCACUAAGACUAGUUGAGGUUCCCAGUGUUGUUUCUGCUUCUGUUCCAGUAGACGAACUUGGUGAUGUUGCAGAUGUGACAGUGGGGGAUUCUGAUGUUUCACUAAGACUAGUUGAGGUUCCCAGUGUUGUUUCUGCUUCUGUUCCAGUAGACGAACUUGGUGAUGUGGCAGAUGUGACAGUGGGGGAUUCUGAUGUUUCACUAAGACCUGUUGAGGUUCCCAGUGUUGUUUCUGCUUCUGUUCCAGUAGACGAACUUGGUGAUGUUGCAGAUGUGACAACGGGAGAUUCUGAUGUUUCACUAAGACUAGUUGAGGUUCCCACUGUUGUUUCUGCUUCUGUUCCAGUAGACGAACUUGGUGAUGUUGAAGAUGUGACAGUGGGAGAUUCUGAUGUUUCACUAAGACCUGUUGAGGUUCCCAGUGUUGUUUCUGCUUCUGUUCCAGUAGACGAACUUGGUGAUGUUGAAGAUGUGACAGUGGGAGAUUCUGAUGUUUCACUAAGACCUGUUGAGGUUCCCAGUGUUGUUUCUGCUUCUGUUCCAGUAGACGAACUUGGUGAUGUUGCAGAUGUGACAGUGGGGGAUUCUGAUGUUUCACUAAGACUAGUUGAGGUUCCCAGUGUUGUUUCUGCUUCUGUUCCAGUAGACGAACUUGGUGAUGUUGCAGAUGUGACAGUGGGGGAUUCUGAUGUUUCACUAAGACCUGUUGAGGUUCCCAGUGUUGUUUCUGCUUCUGUUCCAGUAGACGAACUUGGUGAUGUUGCAGAUGUGACAACGGGAGAUUCUGAUGUUUCACUAAGACUAGUUGAGGUUCCCACUGUUGUUUCUGCUUCUGUUCCAGUAGAUGAACUUGGUGAUGUUGAAGAUGUCACAGUGGGAGAUUCUGAUGUUUCACUAAGACUAGUUGAGGUUCCUAGUGUUGUUUCUGCUUCUGUUCCAGUAGACGAACUUGGUGAUGUUGCAGAUGUGACAACGGGGGAUUCUGAUGUUUCACUAAGACCUGUUGAGGUACCCAGUGUUGUUUCUGCUUCUGUUCCAGUAGACGAACUUGAUGAUGUUGCAGAUGUGACAGCGGGAGAUUCUGAUGUUUCACUAAGACUAGUUGAGGUUCCCAGUGUUGGUUCUGCUUCUGUUCCAGUAGACGAACUUGCUGAUGUUGAAGAUGUGACAGUGGGAGAUUCUGAUGUUUCACUAAGACCUGUUGAGGUUCCCAGUGUUGUUUCUGCUUCUGUUCCAGUAGACGAACUUGGUGAUGUUGCAGAUGUGACAAUGGGGGAUUCUGAUGUUUCACUAAGACUAGUUGAGGUUCCCACUGUUGUUUCUGCUUCUGUUCCAGUAGACGAACUUGGUGAUGUUGAAGAUGUGACAGUGGGAGAUUCUGAUGUUUCACUAAGACUAGUUGAGGUUCCCAGUGUUGUUUCUGCUUCUGUUCCAGUAGACGAACUUGGUGAUGUUGCAGAUGUGACAAUGGGGGAUUCUGAUGUUUCACUAAGACUAGUUGAGGUUCCCAGUGUUGUUUCUGCUUCUGUUCCAGUAGACGAACUUGGUGAUGUUGCAGAUGUGACAGUGGGGGAUUCUGAUGUUUCACUAAGACCUGUUGAGGUUCCCAGUGUUGUUUCUGCUUCUGUUCCAGUAGACGAACUUGGUGAUGUUGCAGAUGUGACAACGGGGGAUUCUGAUGUUUCACUAAGACCUGUUGAGGUUCCCAGUGUUGUUUCUGCUUCUGUUCCAGUAGAUGAACUUGAUGAUGUUGAAGAUGUGACAGCGGGGGAUUCUGAUGUUUCACUAAGACCUGUUGAGGUUCCCAGUGUUGUUUCUGCUUCUGUUCCAGUAGACGAACUUGGUGAUGUUGAAGAUGUGACAGUGGGAGAUUCUGAUGUUUCACUAAGACUAGUUGAGGUUCCCAGUGUUGUUUGUGCUUCUGUUCCAGUAGACGAACUUGGUGAUAUUGCAGAUGUGACAGUGGGAGAUUCUGAUGUUUCACUAAGACCUGUUGAGGUUCCCAGUGUUGUUUCUGCUUCUGUUCCAGUAGACGAACUUGGUGAUGUUGCAGAUGUGACAAUGGGGGAUUCUGAUGUUUCACUAAGACUAGUUGAGGUUCCCAGUGUUGUUUCUGCUUCUGUUCCAGUAGACGAACUUGAUGAUGUUGAAGAUGUGACAGCGGGGGAUUCUGAUGUUUCACUAAGACCUAUUGAGGUUCCCAGUGUUGUUUCUGCUUCUGUUCCAGUAGACGAACUUGGUGAUGUUGAAGAUGUGACAACGGGAGAUUCUGAUGUUUCACUAAGACUAGUUGAGGUUCCCAGUGUUGUUUCUGCUUCUGUUCCAGUAGACGAACUUGGUGAUGUUGAAGAUGUGACAGCGGGGGAUUCUGAUGUUUCACUAAGACCUGUUGAGGUUCCCAGUGUUGUUUCUGCUUCUGUUCCAGUAGACGAACUUGGUGAUGUUGAAGAUGUGACAGUGGGAGAUUCUGAUGUUUCACUAAGACUAGUUGAGGUUCCCAGUGUUGUUUGUGCUUCUGUUCCAGUAGACGAACUUGGUGAUAUUGCAGAUGUGACAGUGGGAGAUUCUGAUGUUUCACUAAGACCUGUUGAGGUUCCCAGUGUUGUUUCUGCUUCUGUUCCAGUAGACGAACUUGGUGAUGUUGCAGAUGUGACAAUGGGGGAUUCUGAUGUUUCACUAAGACUAGUUGAGGUUCCCAGUGUUGUUUCUGCUUCUGUUCCAGUAGACGAACUUGGUGAUGUUGCAGAUGUGACAGUGGGGGAUUCUGAUGUUUCACUAAGACCUGUUGAGGUUCCCAGUGUUGUUUCUGCUUCUGUUCCAGUAGACGAACUUGGUGAUGUUGCAGAUGUGACAGCGGGAGAUUCUGAUGUUUCACUAAGACUAGUUGAGGUUCCCAGUGUUGUUUCUGCUUCUGUUCCAGUAGAUGAACUUGAUGAUGUUGAAGAUGUGACAGCGGGGGAUUCUGAUGUUUCACUAAGACCUGUUGAGGUUCCCAGUGUUGUUUCUGCUUCUGUUCCAGUAGACGAACUUGGUGAUGUUGAAGAUGUGACAACGGGAGUUUCUGAUGUUUCACUAAGACCAGUUGAGGUUCCCAGUGUUGUUUCUGCUUCUGUUCCAGUAGACGAACUUGGUGAUGUUGAAGAUGUGACAACGGGGGAUUCUGAUGUUUCACUAAGACUAGUUGAGGUUCCCAGUGUUGUUUCUGCUUCUGUUCCAGUAGACGAACUUGGUGAUGUUGCAGAUGUGACAAUGGGGGAUUCUGAUGUUUCACUAAGACUAGUUGAGGUUCCCAGUGUUGUUUCUGCUUCUGUUCCAGUAGACGAACUUGGUGAUGUUGCAGAUGUGACAGUGGGGGAUUCUGAUGUUUCACUAAGACCUGUUGAGGUUCCCAGUGUUGUUUCUGCUUCUGUUCCAGUAGACGAACUUGGUGAUGUUGCAGAUGUGACAAUGGGGGAUUCUGAUGUUUCACUAAGACUAGUUGAGGUUCCCAGUGUUGUUUCUGCUUCUGUUCCAGUAGACGAACUUGGUGAUGUUGCAGAUGUGACAGUGGGGGAUUCUGAUGUUUCACUAAGACCUGUUGAGGUUCCCAGUGUUGUUUCUGCUUCUGUUCCAGUAGACGAACUUGGUGAUGUUGCAGAUGUGACAGCGGGAGAUUCUGAUGUUUCACUAAGACUAGUUGAGGUUCCCAGUGUUGUUUCUGCUUCUGUUCCAGUAGAUGAACUUGAUGAUGUUGAAGAUGUGACAGCGGGGGAUUCUGAUGUUUCACUAAGACCUGUUGAGGUUCCCAGUGUUGUUUCUGCUUCUGUUCCAGUAGACGAACUUGGUGAUGUUGAAGAUGUGACAACGGGAGAUUCUGAUGUUUCACUAAGACCAGUUGAGGUUCCCAGUGUUGUUUCUGCUUCUGUUCCAGUAGACGAACUUGGUGAUGUUGAAGAUGUGACAACGGGGGAUUCUGAUGUUUCACUAAGACUAGUUGAGGUUCCCAGUGUUGUUUCUGCUUCUGUUCCAGUAGACGAACUUGGUGAUGUUGCAGAUGUGACAAUGGGGGAUUCUGAUGUUUCACUAAGACUAGUUGAGGUUCCCAGUGUUGUUUCUGCUUCUGUUCCAGUAGACGAACUUGGUGAUGUUGCAGAUGUGACAGUGGGGGAUUCUGAUGUUUCACUAAGACCUGUUGAGGUUCCCAGUGUUGUUUCUGCUUCUGUUCCAGUAGACGAACUUGGUGAUGUUGAAGAUGUGACAGUGGGAGAUUCUGAUGUUUCACUAAGACUAGUUGAGGUUCCCAGUGUUGUUUGUGCUUCUGUUCCAGUAGACGAACUUGGUGAUAUUGCAGAUGUGACAGUGGGAGAUUCUGAUGUUUCACUAAGACCUGUUGAGGUUCCCAGUGUUGUUUCUGCUUCUGUUCCAGUAGACGAACUUGGUGAUGUUGCAGAUGUGACAAUGGGGGAUUCUGAUGUUUCACUAAGACUAGUUGAGGUUCCCAGUGUUGUUUCUGCUUCUGUUCCAGUAGACGAACUUGGUGAUGUUGCAGAUGUGACAGUGGGGGAUUCUGAUGUUUCACUAAGACCUGUUGAGGUUCCCAGUGUUGUUUCUGCUUCUGUUCCAGUAGACGAACUUGGUGAUGUUGCAGAUGUGACAGCGGGAGAUUCUGAUGUUUCACUAAGACUAGUUGAGGUUCCCAGUGUUGUUUCUGCUUCUGUUCCAGUAGAUGAACUUGAUGAUGUUGAAGAUGUGACAGCGGGGGAUUCUGAUGUUUCACUAAGACCUGUUGAGGUUCCCAGUGUUGUUUCUGCUUCUGUUCCAGUAGACGAACUUGGUGAUGUUGAAGAUGUGACAACGGGAGAUUCUGAUGUUUCACUAAGACUAGUUGAGGUUCCCAGUGUUGUUUCUGCUUCUGUUCCAGUAGACGAACUUGGUGAUGUUGCAGAUGUGACAGUGGGGGAUUCUGAUGUUUCACUAAGACCUGUUGAGGUUCCCAGUGUUGUUUCUGCUUCUGUUCCAGUAGACGAACUUGGUGAUGUUGCAGAUGUGACAGCGGGAGAUUCUGAUGUUUCACUAAGACUAGUUGAGGUUCCCAGUGUUGUUUCUGCUUCUGUUCCAGUAGAUGAACUUGAUGAUGUUGAAGAUGUGACAGCGGGGGAUUCUGAUGUUUCACUAAGACCUGUUGAGGUUCCCAGUGUUGUUUCUGCUUCUGUUCCAGUAGACGAACUUGGUGAUGUUGAAGAUGUGACAACGGGAGAUUCUGAUGUUUCACUAAGACCAGUUGAGGUUCCCAGUGUUGUUUCUGCUUCUGUUCCAGUAGACGAACUUGGUGAUGUUGAAGAUGUGACAACGGGGGAUUCUGAUGUUUCACUAAGACUAGUUGAGGUUCCCAGUGUUGUUUCUGCUUCUGUUCCAGUAGACGAACUUGGUGAUGUUGCAGAUGUGACAAUGGGGGAUUCUGAUGUUUCACUAAGACUAGUUGAGGUUCCCAGUGUUGUUUCUGCUUCUGUUCCAGUAGACGAACUUGGUGAUGUUGCAGAUGUGACAGUGGGGGAUUCUGAUGUUUCACUAAGACCUGUUGAGGUUCCCAGUGUUGUUUGUGCUUCUGUUCCAGUAGACGAACUUGGUGAUGUUGCAGAUGUGACAACGGGGGAUUCUGAUGUUUCACUAAGACCUGUUGAGGUUCCCAGUGUUGUUUCUGCUUCUGUUCCAGUAGACGAACUUGGUGAUGUUGCAGAUGUGACAGCGGGAGAUUCUGAUGUUUCACUAAGACUAGUUGAGUUUCCCAGUGUUGUUUCUGCUUCUGUUCCAGUAGAUGAACUUGAUGAUGUUGAAGAUGUGACAGCGGGGGAUUCUGAUGUUUCACUAAGACCUGUUGAGGUUCCCAGUGUUGUUUCUGCUUCUGUUCCAGUAGACGAACUUGGUGAUGUUGAAGAUGUGACAACGGGAGAUUCUGAUGUUUCACUAAGACUAGUUGAGGUUCCCAGUGUUGUUUCUGCUUCUGUUCCAGUAGACGAACUUGGUGAUGUUGCAGAUGUGACAGUGGGGGAUUCUGAUGUUUCACUAAGACCUGUUGAGGUUCCCAGUGUUGUUUCUGCUUCUGUUCCAGUAGACGAACUUGGUGAUGUUGCAGAUGUGACAGUGGGGGAUUCUGAUGUUUCACUAAGACCUGUUGAGGUUCCCAGUGUUGUUUCUGCUUCUGUUCCAGUAGACGAACUUGGUGAUGUUGAAGAUGUGACAGCGGGGGAUUCUGAUGUUUCACUAAGACUAGUUGAGGUUCCCACUGUUGUUUCUGCUUCUGUUCCAGUUGAUGAACUUGGUGAUGUUGAAGAUGUGACAGUGGGAGAUUCUGAUGUUUCACUAAGACUAGUUGAGGUUCCUAGUGUUGUUUCUGCUUCUGUUCCAGUAGACGAACUUGGUGAUGUUGCAGAUGUGACAACGGGGGAUUCUGAUGUUUCACUAAGACCUGUUGAGGUUCCCAGUGUUGUUUCUGCUUCUGUUCCAGUAGACGAACUUGGUGAUGUUGAAGAUGUGACAGUGGGAGAUUCUGAUGUUUCACUAAGACUAGUUGAGGUUCCCAGUGUUGUUUGUGCUUCUGUUCCAGUAGACGAACUUGGUGAUAUUGCAGAUGUGACAGUGGGAGAUUCUGAUGUUUCACUAAGACCUGUUGAGGUUCCCAGUGUUGUUUCUGCUUCUGUUCCAGUAGACGAACUUGGUGAUGUUGCAGAUGUGACAACGGGGGAUUCUGAUGUUUCACUAAGACUAGUUGAGGUUCCCAGUGUUGUUUCUGCUUCUAUUCCAGUAGACGAACUUGGUGAUGUUGCAGAUGUGACAGUGGGGGAUUCUGAUGUUUCACUAAGACCUGUUGAGGUUCCCAGUGUUGUUUGUGCUUCUGUUCCAGUAGACGAACUUGGUGAUAUUGCAGAUGUGACAGUGGGAGAUUCUGAUGUUUCACUAAGACCUGUUGAGGUUCCCAGUGUUGUUUCUGAUUCUGUUCCAGUAGACGAACUUGGUGAUGUUGCAGAUGUGACAACGGGGGAUUCUGAUGUUUCACUAAGACCUGUUGAGGUUCCCAGUGUUGUUUCUGCUUCUGUUCCAGUAGACGAACUUGGUGAUGUUGAAGAUGUGACAGUGGGAGAUUCUGAUGUUUCACUAAGACUAGUUGAGGCUCCCAGUGUUGUUUCUGCUUCUGUUCCAGUAGACGAACUUGGUGAUGUUGCAGGUGUGACAACGGGGGAUUCUGAUGUUUCACUAAGACCUGUUGAGGUUCCCAGUGUUGUUUCUGCUUCUGUUCCAGUAGACGAACUUGGUGACGUUGCAGAUGUGACAACGGGGGAUUCUGAUGUUUCACUAAGACCUGUUGAGGUUCCCAGUGUUGUUUCUGCUUCUGUUCCAGUAGAUGAACUUGGUGAUGUUGCAGAUGUGACAACGGGGGAUUCUGAUGUUUCACUAAGACAUGUUGAGGUUCCCAGUGUUGUUUCUGCUUCUGUUCCAGUAGACGAACUUGGUGAUGUUGAAGAUGUGACAAUGGGAGAUUCUGAUGUUUCACUAACAGUAGUUGAGGUUCCCAGUGUGUUGUCUGUAGUUCUUUCAAUGCAUGCUGAUUGCCCAAAUGAAAUUUGCAGAAUGACACCUAUAGUAGCAAGAGAUAUUAUUAUUAUUAUUAUUAUUAUUAGUAGUAGUAGUAGUAGUAGUAGUAGUAGUAGUAGUAGUAGUAGUAGUAUAUCAUACAAAAUCUGCAAUAAUAAAUUAUGGGUGAAAUGUUAA